AUGAUAUUGGAAAGACUUAAGGAAGCAAACUUGACACAGAAACCGUCCAAAUGCUUGUUUGGAGCCAGGAGUAUAGAGUUUUUGGGGUUUGUGGUCGGAGAAGGAAAAAUCGGUCAAGGCAAGGGCAAGAGUAUUAAGGCGAUUGAAGAGUUACCUACUCCGAAGGCUGUCCAUGCGAUCCGAAGGUUCUUAGGACUCACGGGAUUCUUCCGGUGGUUUGUCAGGAACUAUGCCACUCUAACCGAACCCCUGAUCAGAUUGACUAAGAAGGGAAUCCAGUUCAAAUGGACUACACCUCAAGAAACUGCUUUCAGAGAGUUGAAGAAAAUUGUUGUGGACACACCAAUCUUUUGUAUGUUUAAUACCAAAGCGGGAGUGACAGAAGUUCAUACGGAUGCGAGUGCCGUGGGAUUGGGAGCCAUGCUGUUGCGGAGUGCAGAGGAGGGAGCACCACUACAAAUUGUCUACUGUAUCAGUAAGAAGCUGGGCGCGGCUGAGCACGCUAUCAUUUCUAGAGUUAAUGAGCAUGGUGUGGGCAAUCGACAAGUGGAGAAAUUUUUGAGGGUAUAA